UUCUUUUACAAGAUCCUCGAGAAUCAAGACUCGAUUCUCAUGGAAAUCAAAGUCUUAAUUAAUUAUAGUGUGUUAAUUUUAAUAGUAAUAUUUUUACCGCCAGGUCUACUCCAAACGUGUUCCACAGCCCACACCAACCUAUGAAAGUACCCGUAAGAAGUAUAUAAAUUGAUUUAAUAAAUAUUUGAAACAACGUUUGGAACGAGAAUAUCAAAAAGAAAUCCAACAAAAUUGAAACAAAUAGCCGUUAUAAAAAGCCUGUUACUGAGGGAACAAUAUAUUUUAGUGUAGUUUAUUUAUAUAUUUAAAAUCUAAUAUUAAAAAGGUAAACUAACUUUUUUUUUUGGAAAACAAAAAGGUAAACUAACUAUAAAAUAGUUUUACUGCAUAUGUACAUUUAUUAAAAGGGGACAUUUUUUUCUGUGUGCAUGUGGACACUAAUUUAUACUAUUAUCAAUUAAAAUAACUUCCUUAACAAGAACUGGAGAAUUAAAAAUUAACUUGAUUUCGUCACAUGAAAAUCAGUAUUAAUUAAUUAGAUAUAAUAUCGUGUCAGGUUUUAGUAGUACUAUGUUGAGGAUAGAUCUAUUCCCAACCUGAUAAAAAUAUGGUAAAUACAAUUUACUUGCAUAAUUUAUAAGUAUCUUAUUUAACAACAGUUAACACAACGUUUAACCCAAAAUUUUCUCUAUUUAUAUAGAAUCACGCAACUAGUUCAAACCCAACUUCAUCAUCUUCUGAGUAAAAAAAAAUUGACACCCAAAAGAAAAUAAAGAAUGAGAGGAAAGUAUCUUUGUUUACUAGUGCUCAUUGUCUUGGCGUCCAAUGAAGUACUUGCUGCCAAGAACAACUCUUCGACAACACCUAAAUUAAGAAGAAGUGAUUUUCCAGAAGAUUUCAUUUUUGGGUCUGCAACAUCUGCUUACCAGAUUGAAGGGGCUGCACAUCAAGAUGGUAGAGGACCAAGUAUCUGGGAUACAUACUCAGAAAAAUAUCCAGAGAAGAUAAAGGAUGGUAGCAACGGAUCUGUUGCAGCUGACUCUUACCAUCUUACAAGAUUGCAGGAAGAUGUGGCUUUAUUGCAUCAAAUUGGCUUCAAUGCUUACAGAUUUUCUAUCUCAUGGUCAAGAAUAUUGCCUCGAGGAAAUUUAAAAGGAGGAAUCAACCAGGCUGGUAUUGACUAUUACAACAACUUAAUCAAUGAGCUUUUGUCCAAAGGAAUUAAGCCUUUUGCCACAAUUUUCCAUUGGGACACACCACAAAGCCUUGAAGAUGCUUACGGUGGAUUCCGUGGCGCAGAGAUUGUAAACGAUUUUCGAGAUUAUGCGGAUAUUUGCUUUAAGAAUUUUGGAGAUAGAGUGAAGCACUGGAUGACAUUGAACGAGCCAUUAACAGUGGUGCAACAAGGGUAUGUUGCAGGUGGAAUGGCUCCAGGAAGAUGCUCCAAUUUCACAAACCCUAGUUGCACAGGCGGAGAUGGAGCUACCGAGCCUUAUAUCGUCGGUCACAACCUCCUCCUUGCUCACGGAGCCGCCGUAAAAGUUUACAGAGAAAAAUACAAGGCAUCUCAAAAAGGUCAAGUUGGUAUCGCUUUGAGCGCGGGUUGGUACUUGCCCUAUACAGAAUCAGCCGCAGAUAGGUUAGCUGCGGCACGAAUCAUGGCCUUCACAUUUGACUACUUUCUGGAGCCACUUGUAACUGGUAAAUACCCAGUGGACAUGGUCAACAACGUUAAAGGCGGUCGUUUACCUACAUUCACCGCUCAACAAUCUAAGACCAUCUUUAUCCCAAUGCUUAAGGGCUCAUCUGAUUUCAUUGGCAUCAAUUAUUACUCUUCCGCUUACGCAAAGGAUGUCCCCUGCCCUACCGAAUAUGUUACACUGUUCUCUGAUCCUUGUGCCAGCGUCACAGGUGAAAGAGAAGGAGUUCCCAUCGGUCCAAAGGCUGGAUCAGAUUGGCUUUUGAUAUAUCCAAAGGGAAUUCGUGAUCUUAUCCUCUAUGCUAAAUACAAGUUCAAAGACCCGGUCAUCUACAUAACCGAAAACGGAAGAGAUGAAAUUGAUACCGGUAAAAGAUUUCUUAAAGACGGCGAUAGAAUCGACUUCUAUGCUCGACAUCUUGAGAUGGUUAAAGACGCGAUCUCGAUUGGAGCUAAUAUGAAAGGAUUUUUCGCGUGGUCGUUGUUGGACAACUUCGAAUGGGCAGCAGGAUACACAGCUCGUUUCGGGAUAGUUUACGUGGAUUUCAAAGAUGGAUGUAAGAGAUACCCCAAAAAAUCGGCUGAUUGGUUCAAAAAGUUCUUGAAUCCAAAGAAAAGCAACUGAUGGCAACUACACCAUUCCGCUUUAUUAAUAUCUCCGUUAUAGUUAUUUCUUAGUUGGAAAUAAAAGAUCCUGGUUAAAAACUUAUACAGUUGGAAGUAAUAAGGAAUCUUUAACAUUUGUAUCAAAAGAAAAGUAAUAAGGAAUCCAAAGAAUCACGUUAUUAAUA